AUGGACACAUAUGCCUGCUGGUUUUGCUCCAUGUCAUUCAGUAGCAGCACCAUAGUCCGAGCACAUAUGAAGCGUAUACAUAAAGCAAAGCAGCUUGAAGCUUGUCCGGUUUGUUCGAGAACAUUCAGAACCACUGGCGCAGCUUUACUGCAUCAAAAAUCUCAGAAUACAGCGCGUUCAGGACUGCGCUUUUACUGUACGGAAUGCUAUGCGGACUAUCUGACAUGGGAUACACUGAAAGCACACAUGAGUUCUACCCAUCGUCUUGAUGCUCGUUUGACCAAGUUGUCUCUUGCUCCCCUCUGUAAACAGUGCAAAGUCAAUCAAUUCGACGAGACAACACCAUUGCAAGAGUUGGGCGCAUUGGCCUACAGCCUCCAGUGA